UGGCAACUGGCAACACAAAAUAUCGGGUCAUCAAAAAUGGCCGAAGUACCGAUCGAGUGUGAAUUCCCCGUUUGGGGAUUAUUACCGAAGAAAGAAACAGGGGUUGUGUCUUUUUUAAACAAAUAUCCCGAAUAUGAUGGCAGGGGCACUAUAAUAGCUAUUUUAGAUUCUGGCGUGGAUCCUGCUGCUGCCGGCCUUAAGGUAACGUCGACAGGAAAAACAAAGGUAAUAGAAAGAUUUGACUGCAGUGGGUGUGGAGAUGUCGAUACUAGUACCAUUAUCAAGAAAGUUGUCGAUGGCCAGAUUACCGGUAUUACAGGAAGGAAACUUAAAAUUCCAGAGACGUGGAAGAAUCCCACUGGGACUUGGAGAACAGGAGUGUUGUAUCCUUUCAGUAUUUAUCCCACAAAGCUAAAAGAACGGGUGCAGGAACAUAGAAAAGAGCAUCUUUGGGAUGUGGAACAAAAGAAAGCAUUUGCUGAGGCUAAUGCAAAACUACAUGAAUUUGAAACCAAUGUUGCUGCAAAAAAUCCUAAUUUGAGUGCUGAAGAGAAACUCUUGAAAGAAGAGUUGGAGGCACGAGUGGAAGUGUUGCAAGCAGUAGAAAAAAAAUACACAGAUGUUGGCCCCACAUAUGACUGUGUCUUGUUUCAUGAUGGUGAAAUAUGGAGGGCCUGUAUUGAUACAACGGAGAGUGGGGAGUUGUCCGAGGGUCUGGUGCUGGGGGAGUACAGCGUGACGCACGAGCACGCGCACCUCACCGAGCUGGAUGAGAUGACUGUCAGCAUCAAUGUGCAUGAUGAUGGUGAUGUGUUGGAGGUGGUCGGAAUGUGCUCGACGCACGGCACGCACGUGGCGGCGAUCGCGGCGGGCCACUUCCCCGAGGAGCCGGAGCGCAGCGGCGUGGCGGCGGGCGCGCAGCUGGUGUCGCUCACCAUCGGCGACGGCCGCCUCGGCUCCAUGGAGACGGGCACGGCGCUGGUGCGCGCCUGCCUCAAGCUGAUGCAGCUGGCCGCCGCCGGCGCGCCCGUCGACGUCGUCAACAUGAGCUACGGCGAGCACGCGCACUGGUCCAACUCGGGACGCGUGGGCGAGGUGAUCAGCUCGGUGGUGAACCGCUACGGCGUGUCGUGGGUGGUGUCGGCAGGCAACCACGGGCCCGCGCUCGGCACCGUCGGCACGCCGCCCGACAUCGCGCAGCCCGUGCUCAUAGGUGUGGGCGCGUACGUGUCUGCGGAGAUGAUGAGCGCGGCGUACUCGAUGCGCGCGGCGACCCCCGCCGGCGCCUUCAGCUGGAGCUCGCGCGGGCCCUGCGCCGACGGCGCGCUCGGCGUCGCCCUCUGCGCGCCCGGCGGCGCCGUCGCCUCCGUCGCCAGGUUCACUUUACGCAAUUGCCAGUUGAUGAACGGCACAUCGAUGGCCGCCCCGCACGUUGCCGGCGCUGUUGCGGCGCUGGUGUCGGGGCUGCGCGCGCGCUCGCUGCCGCACUCGCCCUACAGCAUGAAGCGCGCGCUGGAGAACUCCGCCACCUACCUCGCGCACGUGGAGCCCUGGGCGCAGGGCUGCGGCCUGCUCAAUAUUGAAAAGGCGUUCGAAAUCCUAACAAAGUACCACAGCGAGGCGGAGCGCGACGUGACGUUCAGCUUGCAGUGCGGACCCCACAACGGCAAGGGCGUGCUGCUGCGGCCGCGGCCCGGCGACCCGCCGCAGGACAUCGCGCUCACCGUGGAGCCGCGCUUCCUGCUCGACCACACAGACCUGCACAACAAGUCGGUCAUUCCCAAGCAGAUCGCGUUCGGCGUGCGGCUCGCGCUGGCCUGCGCCGCGCCCUGGGUCGCCGCGCCCGCGCACCUCGACCUCAUGAACGCGCCGCGCGCGCUCGCCCUGCGCCUGCGCACCGCCGCCCUGCCGCCCGGCGCGCACCACGCCAGUGUGAACGCGUACGACGUGUCGUGCGUGGAGAAGGGGCCGCUGUUCCGCGUCAGCAUCACGGUGCUGCAGCCGCAGCCGCUGCCGCUGGACGCGCCCGCCAGCCCCGGCUUCGCGGAGAGAGACGUGCUCUUCAAACCCGCCACUAUAAAGAGACACUUCGUCAUACCGCCGGAGGGGGCUAGCUGGGCGGUGCUGCGGCUGAGCACGGCGCAGCGCGAGCGCGCGGGCCGCUUCCUGGUGCACACGAUGCAGCUGCUGCCGCAGCGCAGCUGCCGCGCGCACGAGACGCACAAGCUGCUCAACCUCAGCGCGGAGGCGCCCACCUACCUGCCCUUCCAAGUCGUGGGCGGGGUGACGCUGGAGGUGGCGAUAGCGAAGUACUGGGCCAACCUGGGCGAGGUGAGCGUGGACUACAGCGUGGAGUUCCACGGGCUGCGGCCGCAGGGCGGCGGCGCGGUGUGGCUGGCCGGCUCGCAGGCGCCCGCCGCCGUGCUGCUGGCCGCGCUGCGCCAGCAGGACGUGCAGCCCGUCGCGCAGCUCAAGCACUGCGAGCCCGUCUACAGGCCGGCGGACAGCAAGCUGGCGCCGCUGACGGCGCGCGACGUGCUGCCGCCGGGCCGCCAGAUCUACCAGCUCAUCAACACGUACAACUUCACCAUCACCAAGGCCACGGAGGUGUCGCCGAUGGUGUCGCUGCUGUGCGACACGCUGUACGAGAGCGAGUACGAGUCGCAGAUGUGGAUGUUGUACAACAGCUGCAAGCAGCUCCUGGCGGUCGGCGACGCAUAUCCCUCCAAGUACUGCGUGAAGCUGGAGAAGGGCGAGUACGUGGUGCGGCUGGGCGUGCGCCACGACAGCCGCGCGCUGCUGGAGCGCCUGCAGGAGCUGCCGCUGGUGCUGCAGCAGCGCCUGCCGCAGCCCAUCGCGCUCGACGUCUACGCCUCCUACUCGCAGGCGGUGACCGGCUGCAAGAAGUUCACCAGCGCGCAGCUGCACAGCGGACAGCUGCUGCCCAUAUACAUCGCUCCCGUGCCCGCAGACAAAGUGAGCCGGUCGUCGACGUCGGUGGGGCAGACGCUGUCGGGCACGUUGACGUUCGCGAAGGACGAGCUGGGGCGGCGCGUGGACGUGUACGUGCUGCGCGCGCUGCCCUGCGAGCCGCCGCGCCGCGCGCCGCCGCACGCCGCGCCGCGCCGACACGACGACUACGCGGACGCGCACCGCGACCUCGCCGCCGCCUGGCUCGCCAAGCUCGAGGGGGACAAGCUGGAGCAGCUGUACGAGGAGAUGCUGGAGAAGUACCCCGGCUACCUGGGCACGCACGUCGCCUACCUCAACAGCGUCGACUCGCCCACGGACCCUAAGAAACUGCCGCUCGCGGCGGAGCCCCCCGAUGUGACGACGGCGUGGUGCGAGCAGCUCAUCACCAUCGCAGAUAAGGUGAUCAAGCAGAUAGACCAGGACAAGCUGCUGGCGUACCUCGGCAUGAAGAACGACACGCGACCUGAUGCCGCCAAAAUCAAACAGGAGCAGGAGCGGCUGCGCGGGUGGGCGGUGGAGGCGCUGUGCCGGCGCGGCGCGGCGCUGUGCCGGCUGCACGCGCUGGCGCAGGGCGGCGCCGCGCGCGACAAGAUCGAGGACGCGCUGCGCACCAACAUGUCCGAGCUGCUGCGCCUCGCGGACCUCACCGACGCCAAGGUGCAGCACUACGCCGUGUGGCACUGCUGCACGCUGGCGCACUGGGGCCGCGCGCUCAAGCUGCUGCAUCGCAUGCUGGACGAGCGCCCCUCGCGCGACCUCGACGAUCGCCUCGUCGCCGUCUACGCCCGCCUCGGCUGGCACCACCUCGCGCGCGCCGCCCGCCGCGCGCAGCCCGCGCGCUACCCGCACGCCUACCGCCCCUUCUAGCCGGCCCCGCCCCCGCCACGCCACACCAUGCCACACCCCGCCACACCCCGCCACACCAUGCCACACAAUGCCACACCGAUAGGAACCAAUACAUUCUGUCUAUAUUUUACUACUGUAAUAUUUACAACACAUUAAAAACCUUACAGCCAAUUUGAACCUCUUGACAAAUGGCUAACAGUUGCAAUUCGCUUGUUACAUACAAAUGUGGGGGAUUACUUUUGGAAGAUAUAAGCGAAUUACAAAUGUACUGAAUGUUUAGAAGUAGAUAAUAAAAUACACAGGUCGGUGAUGUGAUCAAUCCAGUAUAUAUAGCCCAGUAGAUAGGUCAAUCAUAUAGAUACAUAGAGCGGAGAGAACUGAACGCAAUUCAAAUCUUAUAUAUUUACUUAAAGAUAGUUCACAUUUACUAUGGUUUAAAUGAUGUAAUAACGAUUUUUAAAUGAAAUAGUUAAUGUUAUAAAUAGUUUGUGUUCAAGUCUCUCCGCAGCCCCGAGUUGGGCUCACACAAGUUGCAAGUACACUCUACAAUUGUUGUCUUAGUCGUCAUAUCCGCGUUUUACAUUUGUACAAUUAUUAUUGUGAAACUCCACUCACAUAUUUGUAGAUUUUUAAAUCAAAGUACCAUAUAAAAAAGUCUGGGACAAAGUGUGUUUGGUUCAGACUAUCGCCGUCUCUCUCACACAAUAAAUAAAAUAGACAAGUGUUGCAGUGGAGUUUUACAGUAUGAAAACAGUUACAAGUCUUUAUUUCUUAUAGUUAAGGAAAUAUUUUGUAAUAUUUAAGUUGUAUUUUGUGUAGUCUAUGUCUAACUUCAGAAGGAGGAAAUUUAAACGACUUCAUAAAGUUUCAGCGGAGAUGAAUUCAGUUAGAUUUUAUAGAAAUGCGUAUUUUUUAGUUUUAGAGUUCAUAGCAGUUUUGAAUUGUUGGAUUCUUUACCUCAACCAUUUUAUUUAUACUGAAAACUGCGUUUUUGCAACUGCGCAGUAAAGCGUUUCUAUAAAAACUACGUAAUUUCAUAUUUUUUUCUACUAGGAAAUACAACAGGGUGCUAACGUGUUCGCGGCGUGCUCAACAGAAUAGUUAAUGUUUUUUAUUUUUUUUAAUGGACGAUGUAUUUUGAAUUUUUUUGUUAAAACGAUGACCUCAUUAGUGUAAUUGUUUGUGCGAAGAACGAAGCUGUAGAUUCAAUAUAGUUGUAUGAGAGAGCUCUGGCAGCGCUUAAGUCUAUGGUCGGGACACUUCUGUGGCUAGCGUUUAUAACUCUAUGGUUGAAUAUUGUAUGCGCAGACGCAAGGCUGGUCUAUAAUGUCCAUUGAACGAUGUUUUAAAUCCAUUAGAAAAACCAUUAAAUUUGAUAAUAACGUGAUGUAGAAUGUAAAAAAACGUCAGAAUAAAAUUGCUCCAUUAUUUA